CUGGCCCGCCCCCUCCGGGCCUGCCCCUUAGUCCGCUGCCGCGUUCUCUUCUUCGUCUUCACGCGAGCCGCUGCUCCGCCGCCUCUUGCACUUCCUGUGGGCACCUCUGCGGACUGGGAACUGACCUAUUGCUGACCUUUCAUCAUGAAGGCCAUGGAGGACCAGGUUGUUCAGGAAGAACAAGGAUACCAGGAUGAUGAUGAAUCAUUGUUUCAAGACAUCGAUCUGCUACAAAAGCACGGCAUAAAUGUGGCUGAUAUCAAGAAAAUGAAGACAGCAGGGAUCUGCACUGUCAAGGGGAUCCAGAUGACCACCAGGCGUGCCCUGUGCAACAUCAAGGGACUCUCCGAGGCCAAAGUAGACAAGAUUAAAGAAGCAGCCAACAAACUUAUAGAGCCAGGCUUCCUGACUGCCUUUGAGUAUAGUGAGAAGCGGAAGAUGGUUUUCCAUGUCACCACAGGAAGCCAGGAAUUUGAUAAGCUGUUAGGGGGCGGAAUUGAGAGCAUGGCAAUUACAGAAGCUUUUGGGGAAUUUAGAACAGGAAAAACCCAGCUUUCUCACACCCUCUGUGUGACAGCUCAGCUUCCAGGAACGGGAGGUUAUCCAGGAGGAAAGAUCAUCUUCAUCGAUACGGAAAAUACUUUCCGUCCAGACCGUCUUCGAGACAUUGCUGACCGCUUUAAUGUAGACCACAAUGCUGUCCUGGACAACGUACUCUAUGCCCGUGCUUAUACCAGUGAACAUCAGAUGGAGCUGCUUGACUAUGUGGCUGCCAAGUUCCAUGAGGAAGCUGGCGUCUUCAAACUUUUGAUCAUCGAUUCAAUAAUGGCACUCUUCCGUGUGGAUUUCAGUGGUCGAGGGGAAUUAGCUGAGAGGCAGCAGAAACUGGCCCAGAUGUUAUCUCGACUUCAGAAGAUAUCAGAAGAGUACAAUGUGGCUGUGUUUGUGACCAAUCAGAUGACGGCUGAUCCUGGAGCAACUAUGACUUUUCAGGCAGACCCUAAAAAGCCCAUUGGAGGUCACAUCCUGGCUCAUGCUUCAACAACCAGGAUUAGCUUGCGGAAGGGAAGGGGAGAGCUUCGCAUCGCUAAAAUUUAUGACAGCCCCGACAUGCCUGAAAAUGAAGCCACCUUCGCAAUAACAGCUGGAGGAAUUGGGGAUGCCAAGGAGUAGGCGGAGAAUUGGUGCAGAACUGGAGGGCAGAACAAGCUCGAUCAGGACUGAAGAAAGACUGAAGAAAACACCUAUUCAGAGCAUGAAAACAGAGUUUGUUUUUUGACAUGAUUCAGAGUGUUGACUAAUGGGAAGUGGGUAAAAGAGAUAAAAAUGAUUUCUUGCCUUUUAAGUACCUGGUUCCUCUCCAUUAUCUUUUCAAAGUAUUGCAAAAUUCUCUGAACUAACAUGAACCCAGAGUACUCUGCCCCAGUUUUUUAUGGACCCAUACACUCUCUCUCUCCCUUAGCCUUUGUUUGUACUUCCCCAAACAGAAAAGUUGUGUUAAUUCUAAGACAGAGAGGCUCCUUGGGCCCAUGAGAAAACUCUUUGUAUUGAGACUUUGAGGGUGGCUGCUUAGCCUUAUUAUUAUUAUUAGCAACAAUAAACCAAACCUCUACUUAAGGACUGGCUUCCAGCAGCUUUAAAUGGUUUUUAAAGAAAUCUACCCUAUAAAUUGCUAUUCUAGGGGAAGGGAGGAAGGCAGGGAAUUAAGGAUGAACCCUCUAGUUUGGGGUGGCUGGCUAAUGCUUUUUGGAGAAUUAUUUUGAAAAUUUUAACUGUAAAAUUUCAGAAUGUAAGUUUUUAAAUGUAUAAAGUUUUCAUAUUAUUUAUUCUGAUUAUUAAACACAAAAUUACAAAAAUA